AAUUUCUAACUUUGAAUAUUAAAAAAAUUAAAAUUGAAUAAAAAGAAUACCGGCUAAAAUAAUUUAUCCACUUUAAAUUUGGACAAAAUCUAAAUCAUCAAAUAUCUAUAAUUUUUAAUGAAAUUUAAUAAAUUAGUAUAAAUGAAAUGGGAAUAAUCUUAUUCCAACAAAUAUUAAACAUAAUAAAAAAAUGAUAAAUAUCAAUUAGGCUUAAAAUGAAUUAGGACCAAAAGAAAAAGGGUUCAAAUUAUACGUUGAAAAAAGAAAAGAAAAAACACUAUUCUCUUACAACGGUCGAUUCAAAGGGUAAAAUUGUCCAAAAAGAGAAAAUACAGGUGGAGUCCAAUAGAGAAGGGACAGCGGCGGAAUUUAUGAGAAAGAUUUGAAAUAGAAGGAAUUCCCUCUGCAUUAAAGAACAAACAUACAUAGAAACAAAAUUCAGAAAGGAAAAUAAAUACCCACAAGGGCAACUUCUCAAAUUAGGGAUAUGUAUUUAUGAAUUGAAAUAUUCUUAGAAUUCAAUGGAGUACCCAACUCUAAAACCCUAAAAAGACCCGCUGCCCUGUUCUUCUAUACCCACAGUUUUACUGUACACGCCUUCAAGGUUCAAGAAACAGUGUAUGCUGUUUCCAGUUUCUUGAAUUUAGAGCUGUCCCUUUUUAGAAAAAAAAGAAAAGGAUUUCUGUAAACAAAGAGUAAGAGAGGAGGACUAACAAAGAAUUUCCAUAGAAGAAGAAGAAACAAAAGAUACAAAUAUAGCUCUUAAAGAUGUCAAAAAUGGGUAGAAAUCUCAGUCCGGUUCUGCGGCGAGAAUUGGAAAAUCUUGAUAAAGAUGCUGAUAGUCGUAGAUCAGCAAUGCAAGCUCUGAAAUCAUAUGUAAAGGACUUGGAUUCUAAGGCAAUACCGCUCUUUCUUGCCCAAGUUUCUGAAACCAAAGAAACUGGUUGUGUGUCCGGGGAAUACACUAUUUCACUUUAUGAGGUUCUUGCUCGCGUCCAUGGAGUCAAAAUUGUUCCUCAGAUUGAUAGCAUCAUGGCUACUAUUAUCAAGACAUUAGCUUCAAGUGCAGGGUCUUUUCCACUUCAACAAGCAUGCUCAAAGGUGGUACCAGCAAUUGCAAGAUAUGGCAUUGACCCAACACACCCUGAGGAAAAGAAGAGGCAGAUAAUUCACUCUCUUUGUAAGCCUCUUUCAGAAGCUCUGUUCGGUUCCCAAGAGAGCCUCACAUCUGGAGCUGCCCUUUGCUUAAAGGCUCUUGUAGAUUCAGAUAAUUGGCGGUUCGCUUCGGAUGAGAUGGUAAAUAGGGUCUGUCAGAAUGGAGCUGUUGCUUUAGAGGAUAAAUCGACCCAGACUAACUCGCAUAUGGGCUUGGUUAUGGCUUUGGCCAAGCAUAAUGCUUUAAUAGUUGAAGCAUAUGCAAGAUUGUUGAUACAAUCUGGAUUACGCAUUUUGAAUACAGGUGUUGCAGAGGGCAACUCUCAAAAAAGGUUGUCUGCUAUUCAAAUGAUUAAUUUCUUGAUGAAGUGUCUAGAUCCUAGAAGCAUAAUUUCAGAGAUUGACUUGAUAAUCGAGGAGAUGGAGAAGUGCCAGUCUGAUCAGAUGGCUUAUGUGAGUGGAGCUGCUUUUGAAGCUUUACAAACUGCGAAAAAGAUAUCUACAGAUAAAGGUUUAAAAUUUGAUAAGAGUCCUGUUUCAGUUACCGGGUCAAACUUUGGCAGAAGAGACCAUAGAGGAAGGAGGAAUUUAUCUAGUCCUGGAAAUCAUUCUCCAACAUCUGUUUCACCUGAAUCGCAGACAUUGGAUUCCUUUAUUGAAUAUGACUCUUUGGCUGACUCACCUGUUUCUAGUACUCAGAUUUCUCACAAUAUGGAAUAUGAUAGAAGAAGUGUGAACCGAAAACUAUGGAGCUACGAGAACGGGCAGGUGGAUGUAUCUCUUAGAGAUGGCCUAUUUUCAGAGUUGGCUAAUGGAAGUCCCGGCCAUGAUGCAUUUUCUGGUGAUUCUGGACAUUAUGAACCUAAUGAAAAUGGAGGAGACUUUUCAGGGUUCUUGCCCCGAACUCCUCGAAAUGGACUAAGAAGUGCCACUCCCAGUCCUCAGAGAUCACGCUCUCAUUUAAAUGUGGACGACAUUAACAUCUUUACAACUCCAAGAAAGCUCAUUCACUCUCUUCAGGAACCUAAUGAUGUGGAUUCAGACUUUUCUGAGAGACAAAGUAGAAGAUUUAGAAGUCCCUCAAGAAAAUAUGACUACAGUCCAAAUAUGAAGUUCAACAGAAAUGGCUUUCAGCAUCAUGAAGGUUAUGAGGUUGAGGAGAAUAGAAACUCAUAUGCCGGUGGUGAGCAGCUCCAAGGUACUUCUGAAUCAGUGUCAUCGACUGAUGAUGUUCCAGUUCAUACUGAUGUGCAACUUUCUCCUGAAGUGCUUAGUGGAAAUAAAGAUGAUGCUCCAAGGUUUUGCAGCAGAAAGGACCAUCGGAAGAAUUUUUACAGGUUGUUCGGUGGCCUGUUUUUUGCUCUUCUUGCAAUAUUUUCCUCGUUACUGUGGAUCGAUAGUCAGGAUAAUGGUGGAUAUCUGGUUCCAACUUAAGAGUUAAGUCGUUGUAUCAAUACCAUUUAGUGCAUUGCAUUAGGUCAUUGUAAGAAUCUUAUGUUUUCUCUUUGUACAAUAUUUAGUCAGCAAUUCCAACCUUUAGUUGGAUGUUUAAUGUGCUAAGUAGAAAAAAAUUGUUUGAAUUGGGUUGAACACAAAAAUGCUUCUUCCAUGAGUUGUUUGAAUGUGUACUCAGAUGUUUAAUUAAAUAUUGAAGUUUCUGUCAAAUG